GGGAUUUGUAACUCAAAGAUUUCUAAUCCUCGAAUUGGAAGAGUAAACAUCACUCGAGAUACGGACAUCAAUCCGAUUACCAUCUUAUACAAGAUAGCAACGUCUCAAGACAGGAUAUCCAAACAUAUAAACUGUCCAAUUUAUACAGCUAUCAUGGCAACUCCCGCCACCCGUCCCAUUCCCGCUCAUGAGCUUCAAUCCUCCACUACAUCACAGCAACCUUCAACUUCUUCCAUCACCAAAGAUGUAAACCACCAAGGCCUCCCAAUUCCCCGUGGCACCGUAACCGCCUCGCUCUCCUUCUACAAACCCCCAGAAGACGGCUCUGCCCCUCACAACUACGUCGAACCCCCCACCGACGGCCGCCCCCAGCGCAACUUCGGCGAAGCCUGGGAAUCCGUCCCCCUCAGCGACCUCCGCGGCCUCGAAUCCAACUUCACACUCGACAACAACGCCUUCUCUGUCCUCUCCAACAUCCCCAGCUCCACCGUCUCCUCCGACUUCACAGACGACGCCAAAAUAAAAUCAACCUACUACCCUGAAGUCGAGCAACUCCUCCUGUCCACCAUCCCCGGCGCAACCCGCAUCCUCCUCUUCGACUACACCGUCCGACGCUCGACCCCCAACGCCAACCGCGCGCCCGUCACCCGCGUGCACAUCGACCAGACGCCCUCGUCCGCCGAGUCCCGCGUCCGCUACCACCUCCCGGACGAAGCAGACACGCUCCUCCGCAGCCGCUACCGCAUCGUCAACGUCUGGCGUCCGCUGAACGGGCCCGUCAUGGCGCACCCGCUCGCCGUCGCGGACAGCGCGACCGUCCGUGACGAGGAUCUCAUCCCGGUCGAGCAUCGGUAUCCGCACAGGACGGGCGAGACGGCGGCCGUGAGGUACCAUGAGGGGCAGAGGUGGUAUUAUUGGAGUGGGAUGCGGGAUGAGGAGAGGUUGUUGCUUAAGUGCUUUGAUAGCGAUGAGGCGGUCGGUCAGUGGGGGAGGGUGCCGCAUACGGCUUUUGUGGAUCCGAGGACGCCUGAGGGCGCGGUUGGGAGGGAUAGCAUUGAGGUUAGAGCGCUGGUUUUUGGGUGAGGAGACUUGAGGAACGCGGGUUUGGUUAUAAGUUAUGAUUGUGGUUUCUUUUUGCGAGCAUUUUGAUUGAGGUACUUGGGAUUGCGGGAGUUGCAGUGCUGAGAACUGAUAUUUGCUAUCUGUAAUAAUCCGAGUAGCACCGGAGUCUAAUAAACUGAAAGUCGGUGUCAGUGAAGACCAAGGCAUUUGUUUUUACCACACUGUACCUAACAUAAAGUUCUAUUGUCUUGGUGAUGGAAAUUUUUCAAGCAUGAUAGCAU